UCUUUCGCUCUCUCGCUCCGCGCGCACACGCGUCAUCGUCGCCCGUUGUCGUGCGUCGCCGUCUCUUCGCAAUUUUCGUGAGCGGAAGGCGAACGGAAGUCCGUGGGCUGCGCAUUGCUGUACAGCAGUGCGACGCGAGAAGCAAGUGGGGGCUCCGAAAUAAGCGCAAAAGCGGAGGAUUUUAAAGAAUUUGACCGAACGCGGGCGUGUGCGUCUGUGUGCGCACAGCCAGCAGUGGGCACCACGCGCCACACGUCCGAGUAGUUUUCCAGUGCGCCAGAGAGCAGCUGAGUUACGAGUGGAGGAACGCGAACGUGCUCUUUCUCCGUCGCUCCGCAGCCAGAGUGUGCGUAGAGGUCCGCGACAGUUCAGUUCUCUCUCUCUCUCUCUCUCUCUCGCUCUCUGCGUGUGUGCUCAUUCACAACUCACGCACGCCACGCGCACUUUCUGCCGCCGCCGGCCCCAGCAGCAGCAACAGCAGCAGCAGCAGCAGCAGCAGCAGCGCUGUCGAGUCAAGUAUAGAGUAAGAGCAGGGCGAGCAGUCAGCCAGUAUAUAGCAGUCCCAGAAGGAGAGAGCACAGCCGACAACGAGUACUUGUACAGGUUGGAGCCUCUUCAUCUCUCAUCCCUCGCGCAAGUUCGUGGAGAACGAAGCGAGGAAGCGAGGAAGCGACGACGACGACGGCGACGGCGACGGCGAGUGAACGGGCGGGCAACGGAGGGAGGGCUCACGGCAGCAGCAGCAGCAGCAGCAGCGGAGGGAGGGAGAUCAAGACAUAGAGAAAGAGCGAGGACACACACACGCACACACACACACACACACACACACACACACACACAUAUGACGUCAAAACAGAAACCGGAGUGUCCCACUGAAAUAUUCAGGAGAGAGCAGCGCGGAGUAGUCAUGAGUGUCGCCGAGGCGUUAUUUUGACAGUGCACUGCCGUGCGGACGAGAAGAGCUUGCCCGAGAAAGGGAGCAGCCAGCUCAGCGUCGAGAAAAGGAGCGUAGAGAGCCGAGCAUAGCAGAACAGAGCAGAGCAGAGCAGAGCAGAGCAGAGCAGAGCAGAGCAGAGCAGAGCAGAGCAGCAGCAGCAUCGACUCGACGAUGAGUUCGAGGUCCGAGCAUCAGCAGCAGCAGCAAGGCGCCACAGCCGAGUCCGAGAGCGCACUGCCCCUGCUGCAGGAGCUCGCCGAUCUGCCCUGCACUUCCGUUCAGCAGAAACUCAACCGCUACUUUCAGGAUGCGACGAGCACGAAAAUAUCCUUCCUGUCGCCAGUUAGAAAGGAGAGCCAGGAACUGGUCGUUCACGUCGUAGGCGAGAAAAUUCUCGAGCAAGAAUUGAGGUUUCCGAUCGCGACGAGCGAAGGCCUACAGAAGGCCGUGACGAGCGGCGAGUCGUGCAAGCAGCUCGUCAACGAGCUCGACCCGGACCUCGUGGCCCAGCUGAGCGAGGCAGUGGCGCCGCUACCUGAGAGCUAUCUCUGCGUGCCAGUGCAGCAUCCGAUCAAACGCCAGGUCGCUCUGCUCGUCUGCCUCGUGGGAUUCGUCGACGAGGCCAGCGCCGAGCUGCUCUGCACCAAAAUAGUCCAGGAAUGCUUCAGAUAUUGCCUUAGUCUGCUGCUGAGCACGCUGAGGUGCCAGGAGGAAACGCGGCUCAAGCUCCAGUGCCAAGAUUUAUUGGUCGUCUCCAAGAAACUCUUUACGCGACUGGGAGACCUGACCGACCUGCUGCGCGAAAUAAUGACGGAGGCCAGGAAACUGACGAAAGCCGAGCGAUGCUCGCUCUUUCUGCUGGAAUCCGAGCAGCAAGAACUCGUGGCCAAGGUUUUCGACGGACUUCCGACCGAGGAAUCCGCCCAGGAGAUGCGAAUUUCUCUUGGACAGGGAAUAGCAGGACAUGUCGCAACGACAGGAAAGUUGCUCAACAUUAGAAAUGCCUACGAGCACCCGUUGUUUUAUCGGGGAAUAGACGAAGUGACCGGGUUCAAAACGAGAAACAUUCUGUGCUUCCCCAUUCGAGACGAGAAUGGAAUUAUUGGUGUGGCUCAACUGUGCAAUAAAAUAAAUGGACUGUAUUUCGACGUGUUCGACGAAGAGGUGGCAAUGGCGUUCAGUAUUUAUUGUGGUAUCUCCAUAAUGCAUAGUAUUGUUUACAAAAAGAUUCAGGAUGCUCAAGCGAGGAGUAAACUUAGCAAUGAGCUGAUGAUGUACCACAUGCAGGUCGAAGAGGAAGACGUUCAAGCUCUAUUAAAUUGUGGAGACGAUCACAAUAUAAAGGAUUUUGAUACUUUCCAUUUUUGUCCGCGUACCGUACCCUAUAGGCACAUGCCGUGCUAUGUUUUAAAAAUGUUUGCCGACCUAAACUUUAUUCGACGGUGGAAAAUAAGGAAAACUGUAUUAGCUAGGUUCAUACUGUAUGUGAAGAAGGGCUAUCGGGAUGCUCCCUAUCACAAUUGGAUGCAUGCAUUCUCAGUUGCUCACUUUGCCUACUUGCUAAUGAAAAACCUGAAUUUGGUGCGAGAUGGAUAUAUGACCUCGCUGCAAGCUUUGGUCUUCCUCGUGUCGUGUUUAUGUCAUGACAUAGAUCACAGGGGAACCAAUAACUCGUUCCAAACUAAAUGUGGAACUAUAUUAGCCAGUCUUUACAGUUCUGAGGGAUCCGUCAUGGAAAGACACCAUCUGGCUCAAUCCAUGUGUAUUUUGAAUACCGAGGGUUGCAAUAUUUUUGAGAAUCUCAGUAGCGAAGAAUAUAGCGAAGCUCUUGAUCUACUAAGAAAUAAUAUCCUUGCGACGGAUCUGGCGUCUCAUUUCAGAAGCGUUGAAGAACAGCGAGAUGUCACGAAACAAGGAUACGAUAAAAAUAAUCCAAAGCAUCAGAAAAUAUUGCAUGCCAUGUUCAUGACAUGCUGCGAUCUUAAUGAUCAAACGAAAAACUGGAGAGUUUCGAAACAGACAGCGGAACAAAUCUACGACGAAUUCUUCUCCCAGGGUGAUUUAGAAAAAAGCAUGGGAACAGCGCCCAUUGAAAUGAUGGACAGGGAAAGAGCGUCAAUACCAGAUCUCCAAGUGCAGUUUAUAACGAAUCUUGUUUUACCAUUAUUUACGAAUUUAGCAACGUUGUUUCCGUCGAUGCAACCAAUUGUACAUAUAAUUGAAAGGAAUCGAGAAAUCUGGCGAAUAGCCACAGGAGUAUUUCAAAAAUACAGCGAAAAGGGGAUGACUGGAAUGGAUAUUUUAUUGAACGCCCACCUGGAAGAGGAAGUACUUUUGCAAUUUAAUAACUCUGACGAAAUAUUAGUGAGUCGGACCCCCCCUAGUAGUAAGAUAGAUUUCGAUUUAGAAAGUUCAACUUUCGGUGUUUAAAGAAUCAUUAGAGCAAAAGCAAUUGAAUUUCGCAUUUUAUUAUCGUUGAUGUAGGGUUUAUUAUUAUUAUUAUUAUCAUUAUUAUCAUUAUUAUUAUUAUUAUUAUUAUUAUUAUUAUUAUUAUUAUUAUUAUUAUUACUACUAUUAUUAUUAUUAUAACAAACUUUUAUUCAAAGGCAUGAAUGAAUAAUUGUGUAUGAGCUUCGUCACAGGGUUUUGUGUAUGUUCUUUAUUGCUCUGUGCAAAAUUGUUUUAGGACUGAGUAAUUAUUGUAAUAAAUGAAGACUUUUUACCUCAUCAAAUAUACUCAAAUCCUAUUCUCUAAACUAUAUAAAGCGUGCAAUGGCAAUAUUAAAUCAUUGAUGACGUUGAAAGUCUUCGUUUAAACGCCCGAAUCACCUUCUUUCACUUUCCGGAAACUUGAAAUGUAUGUGUUUGAUGAAACUAGAAUUUCGUAGGAAAAAUUAGAGGAUGCUGGCGUUCUCAAAGAAAGCAUAUCUUAUGAUGAUUGUUGUGAAAGAAAAUUGCAGACAAUUAUCGAGUCAGAGAAUUUUAAUAAUUUGCAUAUGGAUUAUGACUAAUUUUGAAAGUAAAAAAAUCUUACCGCUAAGGGAUUAGUUGGGAUUCUUGUGGCGAUGGAUAUUACACAUGUCAGUAUUCCAAAGCCAAAUUAAGUAAAUUUUAAUGUUCCUCUUUAAACUUUAAAGCCACUUAGCCAUAAAAAUAUAUCGCUUCAAUUUCGCAAUGCCACGUAUCGUACAAUAAUUAAAAGAAAAAAAGCAUAUUAAUGGUUUUUAUUAUUUGUACCUGAUUAAAACAGUGGAAUAAAAUAGCCAUAGAGACUGCAGGAAAUAUAAAAGAAACAAUGUGCCGUGCCUCUAAAGAGCUUAAUUCCUUGUAAAUUGCAGAUUGCCAAUAUUCAUUUAAAACUGCACAAUUCACUUUAUGGAUAAAGCGUUUAAUUUAGAGAAUCUGUGCCUAGGAACAUUCCCCCUUUAUAAAUAUGCGCACCUAUUUUUGACAUGCUCAAUUUUUUACGCAACAGCAUGGAAUUGUUGAAUUAAAAAUUAUGCAUUGCGAUGAAUAUCUUUAUGGUUCUGCAAAAUGAAAGUAAUCUUAAUCUGUCAGAUUUGUAAUAUUUCUUUCGAUAAUCAAAGACUUUGUACAUACAACUACAUAACUAGUGUCUAGACAAAAGAAAACGAAAAAUGACCAACUAAGAAAACAAACGUUAGUUGUAUUUGUCUUAAAAGUUUUAGAGUUUUUAGCUAAAGAUUGAGGCAAUUAUAGUUGUUAAUCUGUAUCGUUGAUACAAUCGUUGUUGCGUAAACCGUUAUCAUAGAAUGGUUAAAAUAUUUGAUUCAGAAAUGUCACAAUAAUAUCUCGACUGAAAGACUAAGAAAAAAAAAGCUUUAGGUGUGUAGUUGGCAUCGAAUUCUUGUUCAAAUUGAAAAACUGUAGAUGAUAUUUUAUAAAUCUAUCUUUAAAAGAAAACCCUAAAGAGUUGCGUUUUUGACGCAUUUUUAGCAUGUUGUAAUAUUGUCAGUAAAAAUUGUUUUUAUUAUUAUCGAAUAACAAACUACAAUAAAAAAAUCAAGCAGUACAUCUAGUCAAAGUAUCAAAACAGUGUUGUACAUCUAUUGUUGGAGAGCUGACACCAGUAAUUCAUUGGCAAUAAAAACUACAUUUUUGAAA